AUGGAUUCUUCUGAUGUUGUUGAAGAUCAGCUUUUUCUUAAUGCAUCAGCAAAUGUGUCUGACAUAACUGCAGUGACUAUUUCAUAUCUAUUUUGUAUUUUUGGUGGCUCUUUGUCAGUUCUCAUAAUGUGUGGAAACCUACUUGUAAUCAUCUCUAUUGCUUACUUCAAACAGCUCCACACUCCCACAAACUUCCUGAUGCUCUCUCUGGCUGUGGCUGACCUGCUAGUUGGACUUUUAGUUUUGCCUUUCAGCAUCAUAAUUGUUGGGAGCUCAUAUUGGCGUUCUAAUUCUGUACUCUGUAAACUACGAGGAAGUUUGGAUGGGAUAAUGUGCAAUUCUUCCAUUUGGAACUUGUGCUGCAUUUCUGUUGACAGAUAUUACGCAGUGUGUCAGCCUCUGAGAUACAGAAUUAAAAUAAAUGUCCGUGUUGUUGGGAUCAUGAUUCUGGUGUCCUGGACUAUUGCCAUUAUUCACAUUAUUUUCAUAUUAAUGGUCCCGAACAAAGGACAAAAAAACAAUAGAUGUGUUUUAUUUCAACAGAAAACACAGAGUACAGUAGUUGUGGCAGUUUUUAUUGCAUUUGGCAUCCCAGGUACCAUAAUGUCUUCAAUCUACCUAAGAAUUUUGAUGGUGGCAAAGAAACAGGCACGCAGCAUCCAGAGCAUGGCAAAAUCUACUGCAACUGUCAGUAAAGUGGAGAGAAAGGCGACUAAAACUCUGGCUAUUGUGAUGGGGACUUUUAUCAUGAGUUGGAUACCUUACUGUCUCUGUCUCAGCUUUCAUCCUUUGAGCAAUUAUACAAUACCACUUAAUGUACUUCAGUCAUUUAAGUGGCUUGGAUGGUCAAACUCAAUGUUCAAUCCAUUUAUUUAUGCUUUUUUUUACAGCUGGUUUCGAUCAGCUUUUAAGAUGAUCAUUACAGGAAAAAUAUUUACAGAUGAUGUUUCUAAUUCUAAACUCUCUUGA